GUAAUGAAAAAUAAGAACAAAAAAAAACAUCGGGAGUAAAAGUAUUUGAGGAGGAGCGGAUCCAUGAGGUACCCCCCCUCCCCCCUCCUCUUCCUCUCCUUCUUCUUCCUCUCUGGCCCGGAGUUUACACUCAGUCAGACCUGCUGUACACCCGCUUCACACGGAUCACAGGUGUUUGUGCUCAUUAUUCAGCACCUUUCAUUAGAUUGCAUUCGGCUUUAUUGGAGUUACACAUAUUUACACUAGAGCACUUUUUUUUGUUCUACGGGAUCCGAAACUAUGCUUCUGCUUUGUGAGCUCGAUGCGCAGGAAGAAGAUCUGCUUCCAGUCCAAAAUCCACGCUGAUUAGUGUUAAUAUUCUAAUCUUAUUAUUAUUAUUACUAUUAUUAUUGAAUUGUUUUACCAUUUUUAAAGCAGACAAAGUGGAGCGCGGUCGCUCCGUAUUGUGUAAAGUGCCUGAUAAGUGCGGUUAAAGGGGGUUAAAGAGAGAGACCGAGGUGACAGAGGGAGUGCGUCCUUGUCAGUAUGGAUGAGAAUGAGCAGAGAGUGAGAGGAGACGCUCGGCGUGCGGGAGAGUCCGAGGUGCUGACAGCUCCGUCCCCGGAACACGCGCCUCCUUCUCAGCCUCCUCCUCCUCCUCCACCGCCGCCGCCGCCACCGCCGCCUCCUCAUCGCGUCACCAACUUCUUCAUCGACAACAUCCUGCGCCCGGAUUUCGGAUGCAAAAAGACGGAGGAAAGUGCGCUGAGACGGAGUGAGAGAGACCCGGGACAGCCGGGGGACGUCGGACAGGUGGGACAGGUGUCCACGGAGAGCACGUCCACAACGCACGCCGGGAAGAAAGCCGACACGGUGACAGACGACGAGCCGGUGAAAGUGCACGGAGAAAACCAGGAGCAGUGCCUGAGCUCGGACUCGGAGCUUUCACAACCGAACUCGUCCACUUUAACCCAGAACCAGCCCAUGCUGUGGCCCGCCUGGGUUUACUGCACGCGCUACUCGGACAGACCCUCGGCAGCCACGCCCACCGCAGGUCCCCGAACCCGCAGACCAAAGAAGAAGUGCAGCAGCAAGGAGGACAAGCGUCCGCGUACCGCCUUCACGGCCGAGCAACUGCAGCGCCUGAAGGAAGAGUUCCAGUCCAACCGCUACCUGACGGAGCAGCGGCGCCAGAGCCUGGCCAAUGAGCUGGGCCUUAACGAGUCGCAGAUCAAAAUCUGGUUCCAGAACAAACGGGCCAAGAUUAAAAAGGCUUCAGGAAUCAAGAACACGCUGGCGCUUCACCUGAUGGCCCAGGGCCUGUAUAACCACGCUACCACCACCAAGGAUGACAAAUCAGACAGCGACUGAGGGGUGGGGCCCGGGGCAAAGGGUGGAGGGAGGGGGGUGGAGGACAGUGGUGGAAAGGGGUUUGGGAAAGAUACACAGGAGGUAGAUGGAGGAAAAGAGGCGGAGAAAGAGAAAAGGAGAAGGAGGGUGAAUGAGGACUAUACAACCAUGCCAACAUCAUGAUAGUGAGAGAGAGAGAGAGAGAGAGAGAGAGAGAGAGAGAGAGAGAGAGAGAGAGAGAGAUCAGACUCUGACUCGGGUGGGGACAGGAAGAGAGACAGAUGAAAGAGGUGAUGGUUGUAUUUCCAAUGCAAUAACUCUUAAGCAUCAAGGGCCAGUGUAGAAACAUACCAGCAUUAACUGAGGUUCAAAUCAAAGUGUUAUUACUCAUCAGACUUGAACAAGACUUCUUCUACUUAUUAGAAAAAACAAACAGGAAAAGCAUGGCGGCCUCGCUAUUGGAUUUGUGCUUCUGCUGUUUUAUAAAUAGAGCUUUUCACGGGCUGCAUUAUCACGACAGAGAGAAAGAGAGAGUGAGACAGGAAGAGAGAGAGAGAGAGAGAGAGAGAGAAACAUCCUGCUUCAAUCCAAAGACUAUAUCCUGCAACUGUGAAUAUGAAUACACGAGGCAUUGUUACGAUUAUUCCGCUAAGGCAUGUGCCGAUAUUCACCCUGUCUUCCAUGGCAGAUCCUACUGAAGUGACGAUUAGAGCAGAAUACUUUGACUGCUAAUGCUAAUCAGUGUGUUCCCAUUCCGACAUUACGUGCUUCACGUCCUCACGCUUGGAUAUGGAGCUAAACUUUAGCCGACGCUUUGUUUGUGUUUAAGCUAGAGAGCAAAACUGCACUAUAACGUGGCUGAUGCGCUUGUUACUAAAGAGACAUCGACGUCCUUACUGCCGCUAGUUGUUUCAUUUUGUCAGGAAAUUUAGAAUUCCGUUUUUUGAUUUAAGUUUAAAGAUUCGUCGUCGCCGUCAAUCCUAAAUAGAAAAACAAGUAGCAAAGGUGAUCAGAUCACGCUUGGAUUGUAGCUCGGGAGGAUACACAGUGCCUAAAUAUGUCUAGUAAAGAACGCAGGUUUGUGAUGGAAAUGUUAAAAAUGGAUCAUCGUGCACAUUUAAUAUCGCGAUACGUCACACAAACGAUGAUUUAUCGGCACAUGCCUUCAAUCUACUCCUGGAAUUUAUUUUAUUAUUGAAAACUUUUUGGGGUUUAGUGUUUUGAUGCACGCAUGCAGCGACCGUAGCUACGAUUUUAAUCCGAAAUUCCAUCGUAAAGACGACAGGCGAGAGGAGCAGUAUAACUGUGAUUGUUUAUUAUUAUUAUUAUUAUUAUUAUUAUUAUUAUUAUUAUUAUUAUUAUUAUUAUUAAAGAAAAAAAGAAAUCACCAAGAGGCAGAGUGGAAAAGUAAUCAAAUUACUAUCCGGACUCCGACACACGCUGGAGAGAUCGAGCCGAAGACUAGAAAUCGAUCAAUAUUUAAAAAAAUAACAGACACACAGUGCUUGGACCCCUAAUCAACCGAAACGUCUUAAAUCGCAGAGUUUUUAUGAAAGAGCAAUAUCUUUUUUAUUUUUGGUUUGUAUUUCUUUUGUAAAAAUGUUGUACUGCUGCCUAGAAACGUGUAGCACUCUGACUUAUGAUGACAUCCUCUACAGAACCAUUAGAAAUAUACGAUAUAUACGCAGGCAAACACUAUGGAAAUGAUAAUAAAAGAAAAACAAUAUGAAGCAAACCAGCAUUCUAACAAAAAUGACCAUUUUAUUGCUGUUAUGUAUUUAUAGAAAUAUAUUGAGAAAAAAAAAACACUUUAUCCGAUGACCGGUUGUCGCUUUUUCUUUCCUUUUUUUUUCUUUUGAGAAUAGAUUUUUUUUAAAGAAAAAAAAAAGAAUCUCUCUAAGAAAAAUGGCAUAUUUAUCAUUGUGUAUGUGAAUGAAGCGGUUCUCGAGGCCUUUUUGCAUGAAAAGCUGACAAUUAAAGGCAUAUUCUAAAAGUUU